AUGCUAGAGUCUAAAUGGGCUCCCAAGGACGCGACUUCAACACCAAUUGAGUCUGGUGCUGAAGCACAACUACAAUCAAAGUGGUCAAAGCCAAUAACUGUACAUGGGAAUGAGCAACUUGUGAGCAGAUGGGCCAACAACUCAGACGAGCCAAAGAAGGAUGAGCCCAAGACAGAUGAUCAUUCAAAGGCAUCUCGUGGACAUAAUUAUGGACAUGGACAAGGACACAGACGCGGGAAGAGCAAAGACAGAGCCACAGGGUUAGAUACUCCACCGGAUAGUAGAGAAAAGAGCAACAGUAGUAAUAAGAAGCGUCAUGAUAAGAGUAACGAUAAGAAGAUGGGAUUUAAACAACAUAAAGAGGAACACACUCACCUUGAUGAGUUUGAACUGAAUCAAAAUCGCAAUGGCAGCCAAGAAGAUGGCAAUUUCAAACUUGAAUCAAGAAAUGAAGAGAAGACACAAGUUACAGAUGCAGCAAAGUCGUUUGCUGAACGUCUUGGUCUUAGUAUCUCCUCUAUACCAGCACAUGAUGAUUGGGAGGACGAAGUUGAAAGCCACAGUCAUAAUCAGGGACACCGGGGCGGGCUCAAACCUCCCAAAAGUAAUUGGAAGUCACCAGCAUCUCAGAAAGGUAAAAAUUCAAAGAGCAAAUAUGAAACACCAAAGCAGAAGAAAGAUAGAUUUACACUGGAACAACUUGUUCAAGCAAAGAAGGAAGAAGAAGCCAAAAAGGCUCAAGUGGUGGAAGAACAACGAAAGAGAAUAGAACAAUUAUGGAAUGAUGAUUCUACCAAAUCAAUGAAUUGGGCAGAUUUUGACGAUUGA